AUCAUCCCUCCAGCCCACCAGCCCUCCUAUCGAAUCGUGGCCACAAGCCCUACAGUCGGUAACCCAGCAACCACCACCACGUUCCACCUCCUUAACCAACUAGACUCGCAGAUUCACUAUCUCUCCUCGACCAUAUCACGUCAGGUCUAGUGCGCACCGAAUUGCUACGAUCGAGAGAAAAGAAUUGUCCGGCACGUAAGAGGAAGAAGAAAGGCGGGAUUCAACACAGGCCAGGUCGGCAUUAUAUAACUGACCGCUUGCGCCAAGAUGGCUGCUCCUAACGACGGCUACGGCCAAUAUCCUCCUCAGCAGUAUGGCCAGGAGGUGCCGUACACCGAUCAACCACAAGGUGCCGCAUACGAAGGACAGACCACAUCGCCUCCUCCGCAACAAGCCGCAUCGCAUCAUAAGAAGAAGAGAGGCUAUGCCACUCAAGCGUUCGAGUUUGGAAGCGGCGCAAAUGCCGGCGCUACCGGCCCAACCGCUGCCGGUAUGCCCCCGCCCGCCUUUGGAGCUCCUGGUCAAGCACCGCAGCCUUCGCCGGGUUAUGGCGCCUAUCCUGGCCAGGAGUACCAGCAGGGCGGGUAUAUCUCCCCCGGAGCCGCGCCGUCACCGUACGGCGCCCCUCAGCAACCAGGCACUCCUGCUCAGCCAGGAAUGGGCUAUCAAGCUCCCGAUCCUUACCACCAGCCGGCAACUGGAUAUCCAGCUCCGGGUGUCGCUGGCAUAACCCAGGGAAUGGCUGGUAUGAACAUGGGCGCGGCACCUCAGCCCGGCGUUCAACCACCCGGUCAGCAAGCUCGGCUCGCCUUGAACCAGCUCUAUCCCACCGACCUCCUAAACCAGCCUUUCAACGUCUCAGAACUCGACCUACCCCCUCCUCCUUGCAUCCUGCCACCAAAUGCUAGCGUUACUCAGUCCCCCGAUGCAAACUGCCCUCCAAAAUAUAUUCGAUCUACCUUGAAUGCCGUUCCGACUACGCAUUCUCUACUAAAGAAGUCCAAGCUACCAUUUGCUCUCGUCAUCCAGCCGUAUGCCGCUCUUCAUGACAUCGAUGACCCCGUCCCAGUUGUGCAGGAUCAGGUCAUUGCCCGAUGCCGAAGAUGUAGGACAUACAUCAACCCUUAUGUGAUAUUCCUGGACCAGGGCCACAGGUGGAGGUGUAAUAUGUGCAAUCUUACCAACGACGUACCGCAAGCGUUCGACUGGGAUGCCGCCGCCCAGAAGAGCGUUAACCGGUGGGAUAGACAUGAGUUAAACCACGCCGUGGUCGAGUUUGUAGCGCCUCAGGAAUAUAUGGUCCGUCCUCCGCAGCCGCUCGUGUAUCUUUUCCUUUUCGACGUUAGCUAUGCUGCUGUCUCUACCGGGCUUCUUGCUACGAGCGCGCGAACCAUUCUGGACAGUCUUAACAGGAUACCCAAUGCCGAUCGACGGACUCGACUGGGAUUUAUCGCGGUCGACUCGAGCUUGCAUUAUUUCUCUAUACCCAAAGAUGACGAGGAAAACGCAGAGACGACCAUGUUGGUGAUAAGUGACCUAGAUGAGCCGUUCCUGCCCGUUCCUCAGGACCUUCUAGUUCCCUUAAUAGAGAGCCGGAACAGCAUCGAAAACUUCCUGGCUAAGCUACCCGAUAUGUUCCAAAACAACCAGAGCAAUGGUUCGUGUAUGGGAUCGGCCCUGAGAGCCGGCCACAAGCUCAUCUCACCACUCGGUGGUAAGAUUGUGGUUCUAAGUGCUUCGUUGCCAAACCUGGGAGUUGGGAAGCUAGAUAUGCGAGAGGACAAGAAGCUUCUUGGCACAUCUAAAGAAAGCGGUCUUCUUCAAACUGCCAACAGCUUCUACAAAUCAUUUGCCGUUGAGUGCUCCAAAAACCAGGUUUCUAUCGACAUGUUCCUCUUUUCCUCGCAAUACCAGGAUGUAGCCUCGCUGAGCAACCUCCCUCGAUACACCGGCGGUCAAACUUGGUUCUAUCCUGGAUGGAAUGCUGGUCGUGCCGAGGAUGCUGUCAAGUUUGCUUCAGAGUUUAGCGAUUUUCUAUCUUCGGAGAUUGGUCUAGAGGCAGUGCUCAGGGUGCGAGCUACCACCGGACUACGCAUGAGCACAUUUUACGGAAACUUCUUCAAUAGGUCUUCAGACCUAUGUGCUUUCCCGGCAUUCCCCCGCGACCAGUGCUACGUGGUCGAAGUGGCUAUUGACGAAACUCUACAGAAGAACUAUGUUUGUCUGCAAGCCGGUGUUUUGUACACCACUUGUAACGGCGAACGACGUAUCCGUGUCAUGACGCUCGCGAUCCCCACUACAACUAAUCUUGCAGAUGUGUACGCUUCAGCAGAUCAGUGCGCUAUCACGACUUACUUUACUCACAAGGCUGUCGAAAGAGCACUGAGCAGCGGUUUAGAUGCUGCCCGCGACGCUCUUCAGAGCAAGCUGAUCGAGCUUCUACAGACUUUCAAGAAGGAACUUGGGGGUGGAAGCAUGGGAGGUGGUGGGCUACAAUUUCCUGCUAACUUACGCGGGCUUCCUGUGCUCUUCUUGGGUUUGAUCAAGCACGUCGGUCUUCGAAAAUCAGCACAGAUCCCAUCCGAUCUCAGAUCCGCAGCUCUAUGUCAGCUUUCUACGUUACCCCUACCGCUUCUGAUGCAGUAUAUUUACCCUCAUCUGUACUCGCUUCACGAUAUGCCCGAUAAUGCCGGAGUCCCCGAUCCGGAGACGAGCCAAAUUGUUCUUCCGCCGCCCCUGAACCUGUCAUCCGAGCGAUUUGUCUCAUACGGUCUAUACCUAAUCGACGAUGGUACAACGCAAUUCUUGUGGGUUGGCAGGGACGCUGUACCGCAACUAUUGAUGGACGUUUUUGGUGUAGCAGAUCGUACACAGCUACGCGUUGGCAAGGGGUCGAUUCCAGAAUUAGACAACGACUUCAACGAACGGGUACGGGCCAUCAUUUCAAAGAGCCGGGACCACCUGUCGCGUGGGGUUGGCAGCAUCAUCGUGCCGCAUCUAUAUAUCGUGCGGGAAGACGGCGAACCAAGCUUGAAACUCUGGGCUCAAACACUGCUUGUGGAGGACCGGGCAGACCAAGGAAUGAGCUUCGGCCAGUGGAUGGGGAACAUGAGAGAAAAGGUAAGUUAAAGGAGCCUCUGAUCAA